UUGUUUAAAAGUAUUUUGUUUAUUUUUCUCCUAUUUUGCUUCACCUUUUCAAUUUUAAUUUUGCUUCAAGUUUUGUCAAUUUGCUUCAGGUUUUUUUUUUGCUUCAACCUACACUUUAUGUUUUUCAAUAAUUUUUUGCUUCAUUUUUCAUUGUAUUUUUCUACUUUAUUUUUAAUUUUGCUUCAAUUUUUAAGCGUGCUUCUGUUUUUAUUUUUUUGUUGCUCAUUUUCUAGGCUUACUUCAAUUCUUAUUUUUGCUUCAGUUUUAGGCUUGUUUCUGUUUUUGUGUUUUCUGCUUCAUUUUUUAAUAGUUGUGCUGUUUUAUUUUUAAUUUCUUAAUUCAUUUUUAGCUCCUUGCUCCAUUAUUUAUUUUUUGCUUUAGCUUUAGGUUCUUGCUUCAAUUUUUUCGGUUUGCUUCAUUUUUUUCUAUUUUUUGCUUCAUCCACGCUUGCUUCAAUUUUUAUUUUUGCUUUAGUUUUUGUUCUCGUGCUUCAUUUUAGGCUCUUGUUUCAUUUUUUAUAACUGUGUUGCUUCAUUUUUAAUUUUUUGCUUCAAUUUUUAAGGCUUGCUUCAUUUCUUAUUUUUAUCUGUAUUACUUACCAAUAUUAUUUCCCCAUUUUUGCUUCAUUUUUAAAAUUUUUCUCAAUUUUUUAACUUUUUCAGAUAAUUAAUAAAUGGCCUAUAUAACUAAAUUUUACUUAAAAUCUACACUUAGAAUCUUCAUUUUAAUUUUAAUUUAAUUUUUUUAACUAAACUACUGCCAGCAUUUUUAAAAUUUAAAAAAUAUGCAUCAUCAACACCAAUCUCUCCCAACUUGUUCAAAUACAUUUUUGCGUCGUGUGGAAGACAUGGAACACAUUUUGCGUGAACGAAUAGCUUUAUUACCUGGUGUUCGUGAUCGUGACAAUUCCCCAAUAAUUUUUUGUCCAGCUAGAGAUGUAAAUUUGAAUAUUGAACAUGUCAGGAAUUUAUUGCUGUAUUUGUAUGAUGUUACUGCUGAUGACGCAAAAUCUAGAGGUUUUGUAAUUGUUUUGGAUAUGAGAAGAGGAACAUCUUGGGAUGUUGUAAAGCCUAUUUUGAAAUCUCUACAGGAAUAUUUCCCAGCCAAAAUCAACUGUGUUUAUAUAAUAAAACCAGAAAAAUUUCUCGACAAAUAUAAAAUAUCCACAGCAAAAUAUACAAAAUUUGAACUUCAAAUGGUCUCUCCAGAUGCCUUAACAAAAUAUAUUGAUUAUAGCCAAAUACCUAAAGAAUUUGGAGGUUCUUUUAAAUUUGAUUAUGAUGAGUGGAUUGAAAUUAGAAGGGAAAUUGAACGUAUAGUCCACAGAAUCUCAGAAAUACUCAAGAACUUGGACCGCAUAUCUUUCGAAAUGUCCAGUGCCGAAAUGCCAAUAGAUGCAAUAUCAGCCCAAAAAUCAGUUCAAACACAUUCCAAUUUAUACCCAAUUUUAACUUCUGCGCCAAUAGAAGAAUUUGAAAAACAAAUUUUUUCAAUAAAAGAAAGGCUAAUUUAUGAAAAAAAUGGUGGAGGGGGAAUGAAAAAUGGAUUAGUUGUAUGUACCCAGCCAAAUCCUGAUUUAAUUGCUGUCUUUCCUAAUCUUUUACAAUUGCUCAAAACUUUGGUUAAAACAAGAAACGAAGUGCUUUAUGAUUGGGAAACAAGAAAAACUGAAUUAGAUCAAUAUUCUCAAUUAAAAUUAUUUGAACAGGAUGCUGAAAAUCUUUCUCAAUGGAUUUGUAAACAUUUUAAUAGCCUUACACACCGUUUUGUUUUAAUUGGAGAAAAUGAACUCGAAACAAAUAGAUUGUUAAAAGAACAUUUGGAUUUUGCUGAAUCUGUUAAAAAAAUAGAAGUUAGUUAUACUCAAGUAAUAACUGUUGGUAUUCGUCUAUUAAAUAUUCAAAAAUUUGGAUUAAAUAAAAUUGAAAGUAUUUCAUUACAAUUAAAAAAUGAUUGGAAUCAAUUUUUAACAAGAAUAGAUGCUAGAACACAAUUAUUACAAUUAGCUGCUAGUGCACAUAAAAAAUGCAAUUUGGUUAGUUUUUUUUCAAAGUUUUUUUUUGUGAAAAAUAUACCGAAUAAAGUCGAUGAAAUCGGUUAAUUACUACAUCUCCUGACCAUGUAGAUAUGUCGGUUGGGCCUGUGAAAAUUUUAUAUAAGGGGGAAAAGUCAUUUCGGGUCUCUUACGCCCAUAUUUUUCUAUUAUGUCCUGUCUUUUUUCUUAAUUUUUGAUUUUAUGGGUUUUUUAAUUUUUCUGGCUAAAUGUAUGGAACGAGCAA